CCUUCCCGUUGUAAACACGCAGUGUAGCCCGGAGUCGGAAGACGAAAGUUUGUGUCGGGUUGUCACAAUAAAAUAUCAACCGUGAAGAGAAGAAGCUGUGAGGAAUGCCGGCGGGGAAAAGUUACAGGAAGAGAAGAGAGGAGGAGUCGGACGAGGAAGAUGAGCAGCGGGUGGUGGAGGUCAGGUCAAAACUAGAUGAACUGAAGGAAAUUCAGAGUUUGAGGAAAAGACAAAAUGGAGUGAGUGCUGCCGCCCUGCUGGUUGGGGAGCAAGUACCAGAGGAAACUUCAAAUGUGGAUGACCCUUUCAAACUGAAGACAGGUGGUAUGAUUGAUAUGAAGAUAAUAAAAGAUCGAAAGCGAGAAAGGAUUGAGGAGGAAGACACAGACUUGAACUUGGGCACAUCAUUUUCAGUGGAGACAAAUAGACGUGAUGAGGAUGCUGACAUGAUGAAGUAUAUUGAGACAGAAUUGAAGAGGAGGAAGGGAAUCCUGGAGAAUGAGGAACAGAAGACAAAGGUCAAAAAUCCAGAAGAUCAGCUGUAUGAAUUGCCUGACAAUAUCAACAUUUCUUCUGCCAAGCGGACAGAAGAAAUGUUAUCCAAUCAGAUGCUAAGUGGCAUUCCUGAGGUUGAUCUGGGUAUUGAUGCAAAAAUAAAGAAUAUUAUCAGCACUGAAGAGGCAAAAGCCCAGCUCUUGGCUGAACAACGCAACAAAAAGAAGGAUAACAGCACCUCCUUUGUACCCACGAAUAUUGCAGUCAAUUACGUCCAGCAUAACCGGUUCUACCGUGAGGAAUUGCAUGCACCUGCAAAACGGAAUAAAGAGGAAGCCAAACCUCGGCCCUUGAGAGUAGGAGACACUGAUAAACCAGAACCUGAACAAUCUCCUCCAAAUCGCAAACGUCCGUCAAAUGAAAAGGCAACAGAUGACUACCAUUACGAAAAGUUCAAGAAAAUGAGCAGAAGAUACUGAAGGGUGGCUCAGACUAUUCCGGCUGUUAGUGCAUUUUAAAUGGCUCGAGUGACAAUGUAACUGCAGAGGUAUUGUCUUUCAAGAGUGAACCUAUAAUUCUAUCCGAUGUUCAUCAAAGAAAUUUGAAAACCACAGAACACUGUGGUAGGAUAAUGGGCACAAAACCACAAACGCCCUGAGAGAAGGUCCCUCCUUCACACUGUUUUGAACAUUUUCAUUGCUUUGUAUCUGAGCUGAAUGGCAUGGAAACUGUAAAAAAAAACUGAAUAGAACAGGGAAAAUUGAAGCAAGAUGACUCUAUUUUAACUAACCUACUCUGGUUCAUGUGUCAAUUUUCACAUCAGAAUUUUGUGUAAAAGUUGAAUUGAAGGAACCUGAUGGCUCACAACAAUCAGAAGAAGCCAUUGUGACCUGUUCCAGUGCUUCUGUCAAUCUAACAGUGAUUUCUUUUUUAAAUGCAUUCACCUAAUGAACAUGUGUUCCACAGGUGGCAUUGCUGUUGUCAGAGCUAGUUAAUCUCAUCUCUUUAAAUGGGAUUUGAAUUCCCUUAUUUUAUUCAUCUGCAAAGCUGCAAAUAGACAAAAAUUAUUGUAGAUUAAGUUUGAAGAUUAUUAUUACAAUUACUAUUCUGGAUUGUAUCUUUGUGUUGUAAAUGUAUCCAAGAUAAAUUUCUUGUUCAAUGA